AUGGAGCUCUCUCCGAUACAAUCCAGUGCGAAGUGUAGCAGUUCCGACUUUAGUAUAGACCGCAUUUUAAGCAAUGAAUCAGGGAAAAAUAAGGAACAGAAAAUUGAACCACCAAGUUGGUUGUGUUGUACUCGUUACCAGCCGCCUCGACUUCCACGUUCAGCGAGUGCGUCGUGCCGGUCGCGACGGUCGGGUCGUCACGCACGGGUGCCGUUCACCGCUGCGCAGGCGCAGGCGUUGGAGGCCGCGUAUACACGGUCGCCUUACCUCGCCCCGCCAGCUUUGCGUGCCCUUGCUGCUGCACUACAGCUACGUGAUGAUCGGGUGAGGAACUUUCACUAA